AUGGCUGCCCCUUCUGAGAUCCAGCAAGUAUACAUUGCUCAGGACUACAGUGAGCCUAUCGCUCCUCAAUAUGAGUUCCCUCAACACUACGACCUCAACGACCCCGACUCUGCUCGUCUCUCAUAUCAGAGACUGAUGCACGAGCACACCAAGCAGCAAUUCGAGCUUGCCACAUCAUCUGCUCGCCGUCGCGCU